AUGGGACCAUUCAGUAAACGUUGCUCCAUAUCAUUUUACAAACCGAAACACAAUGUUCGAGUACUAUAUGACGAGUGUCGUUGCCCCAUCGGUAGCCUGAGGAAACUACCAAUGCGAAACUUUCCCGGAAGCCCUUUUGUCUUAAUGUUCUGAAUUGUUCACGUAAAAGUCUUCACAAAGCUUCUGUCUGUAUAAAAAUGGAAUUUUUUUUUUGGUCGGGGUAUGAUUCAAAGUACUUUACCUUUAUCAAAUUCGGAGACUGAGUGUUAGGUGUCUGUUCAGUAGCAGUUCACUUCUUCCUCUGGAUAAAACCCUUUAACAAUGUCUGUCUCCGAUCUGGUUAAGUCGACUCGUAAUCUCCAUGUGUUACUCAAAUUCUCAACCUUUUAGAUUUGGUUAAGAUUCCAUGGAUUGAGAAAAACAGAGUAUUACACCCACCGCAGCUUGCUUCAGGGCUUUAGUCUACUGGACUUUGUUUGUCUGGAAAAGUAGGGGGGACAGAUGAGUUUAUAGCUCCAAUGGGUGUAAGAUACAGUUCAGACUUUGGUGUGUGUGCUUGCUUUGUUUAACAUACUGAACCGGAUAAUUUUAGUAAACCGGACCAAAUUUAGAAACAUUCCUGUUGAAUGUGUUGAAAAUGUGCUGAACACAAAAGGAAGCGAGCACCAUUCAAAAUGCCUUGGAUUUCUCUGGCGCGCACAAGUGCCUCAUCAUUACUUUUUUUCUUUUCUCUCUCUGACUUACAAAGGACACAUUCGUUGAAACCAUUCUCUCCUUUAAUCUCCAAAACUCUUUCUUGAAACAAAAGUUUCUUGAUCUUACAAAAAACAAACAAUUUCUUGAUCUUACAAAAAACGAACAAUCUCAGAAAAUGGCACGACAAGAUUCUAAUCCAUUUGCUGAUGAAGAAACCAAUCCUUUUGCGGAUAAUACAAGUGCUACUCCUGCAAGCAACUCCUCCUAUCUCAAGCCUCUCCCACCUGAACCUCAUGAUCGUGGUGGUGCUACCAUCGAUAUCCCUUUGGAUUCCGAAAAGGUACCCUAUCUUCAAUACCUUCUCCAUUUUUUUUUUGCCUCAUGAUCUUAUUUUAAUUUGCUGUUUAUGUUUGAAGGAUAUUCGAGCUAAAGAGAUGGAGCUUCAGGCUAAGGAGAACGAAUUGAACCGGAAAGAGCAGGAGCUUAAAAGAAGAGAAGAUGCAAUAGCGAAAACUGGAGUUGUCAUUGAGGAGAAGAACUGGCCAGAGUUUUUCCCUCUAAUUCAUCAUGACAUCCCUAACGAGAUUCCGAUUCACUUACAGAAGAUCCAAUACGUCGCAUUCACCACCUUGUUAGGAUUAGUAGGAUGUCUCUUGUGGAAUAUUGUGGCAGUAACUGUAGCUUGGAUCAAAGGAGGAGGUCCCACUAUAUGGCUUAUGUCAAUCAUCUACUUCAUUUCUGGGGUCCCUGGUGCUUACGUCUUAUGGUAUCGUCCUCUUUACCGAGCUUCCAGAACUGAUAGUGCCCUGAAGUUUGGAACAUUCUUCGUGUUUUACGUGUUCCACAUUGCAUUCUGCGGCUUUGCUGCAGUUGCUCCACCAGUCAUCUUUCAAGGGAAGUCUCUCACAGGUUUCUUGCCAGCACUUGAGCUUAUAACUACUAAUGCUGCGGUCGGAAUAUUGUAUUUCAUUGGGGCGGGGUUCUUCUGCAUCGAAACAUUUCUCAAUAUCUGGGUGAUUCAGCAAGUAUAUGCGUACUUCAGAGGGAGUGGCAAAGCUGCACAGAUGAAACGCGAAGCUGCAACGUCGACCUUGAUGCGUGCACUAUGAAAAGCAAACACUCUUCACUUUGAAAAAAAAUGGUAUCAAUGGUGUGGGCUUGAGGUCUAGGCUGACAAUUUUGUUGUUGUUGUUGGAAUAUUCUACUUUGUAAAAGCCUAAAUCAAGUACAUGGGAGACCUCGAGCCAAAACUGUGUUGUUCAAUUGUAGAAACUUUCUUCAUGAAUGCUAAAGCAAGACCCCAUGUAUGAACGAGAGAACCUUUAUAGCUUUAUAAUGAGCAUCAAUCCAGCUCUGUCCAA